CACUUAAAUUGGUUUUUUCUCCCUGGUGCUCCAUAAUCGUUGUCGUGUGUGUUAAUUGGUGUUGCCAUGUCUCGUGUUUAUUAUAGGCCUCGCUUCUGCCUGGCAUGCGCUCGUCGUUGGCCGUUUAACCUCUGAACAGCGAUUCGCUGAGACUAUACGGCCGCUCGCAAAUCUCUCUCUCUCUCUCUCUCUCUUCGCCCCCUGCUCCCUCCUCUUCCUCCUCCACACCUCCCUACCUCCCCCUCCUACCUGAUUUGGAUCCGCUCCGACGCUAUGCGUAUGACCGCGUCUCUCUCUGCAAGGCGAGCACCACCGGCACCACCGGAGAGACCCGCACGCUGCUGCUGAACGCCGGCUGAAGAGCGACCCAGGCCGGGAAACAGGCACGGGGGGGAACCUGCUGCUGCUAAACCUCCGUUGGAAGAGAAGGAGGGCGAAAUUAUUAGGCGAAGAGUUGGCCCUGAACAGAGUGAGCGGCACGAGGACGAGCGUGGCGUCCCGGGGCCUGCCGUCCCAUUCGUCAUCCUCCCCUCUCUUCCUCUAUUUGGUCAGGUUUCCACCUCACCCAACUCCACUUUCUUCUUCUGCUCCUUAAAUCAGAACUCCGCCUCCUUGCUUCUUUCCACACCUGUCUUCUCGCAUCCGCUUUUCCUUUUCCUGUUCUUCCCGCUCCUUUCCUUUGCCCUCAACUCAUCAUGGCAUCCAAGCUGAACCCCAACGUCCUGUAUGUGGCAGAGCCUGGCGAGUCGCUGGGGACACCCCAUGCAGACUCUGAAAGGACCCAUAUUGCUGGAGAAGCUGGAGAAGAGUCAUCAGACAGCGACGGAGAACAAGAGGAAACCUCGCACAAGCUGAUCCGCAAAGUGUCGACCUCGGGACAGAUCAGAGCCAAGAAAAGUGUGAAGGAGGGAAUCCUAUUAAAGCAGACCAGCUCCUUCCAGAGAUGGAAGAGGAGGUACUUCAAACUCAGAGGGAGGACCCUCUACUAUGCCAAAGACUGCAAGUCUCUGAUUUUUGACGAAGUGGACCUUUCAGAUGCCAGUGUAGCUGAGACCAGCACCAAGAACAUUAACAACAGCUUCACGGUAAUCACUCCAUUUCGCAAACUCAUGUUAUGUGCCGAGAGCAGGAAGGAAAUGGAGGACUGGAUCAGUGCUCUGAAAUCUGUCCAGAAAUGGGAAACCUAUGAGGCUAGCCAGUUCAAUGUUGAGCAUUUCUCUGGGAUGCACAACUGGUACGCCUGCUCGCACGCCAGACCAACCUUCUGCAAUGUCUGCAGAGAGGCUCUGCCAGGUGUCACCUCCCAUGGCCUGUCCUGUGAAGUUUGUAAGUUCAAGGCUCAUAAGCGCUGUGCAGUUCGCUCCACCAACAACUGCAAAUGGACCACGCUGGCCUCCAUAGGAAAUGACAUAAUUGAGGACGAGGAGGGGGUGUCCAUGCCCCACCAGUGGUUGGAAGGCAACCUGCCAGUCAGUGCCAAAUGUGUCGUAUGUGAUAAGAACUGCGGUAGUGUGCGGCGGCUGCAGGACUGGCGAUGCCUCUGGUGCAAGGCCAUUGUCCAUAACAGCUGUAAAGAACAAAUGGGGAAAGUGUGUCCCUUGGGUCAAUAUCGGGUUUCAAUCAUCCCUCCCACUGCACUUAAUAGCAUCGACUCAGAUGGCUUCUGGAAGGCCACCUCUGCAUCAUGCGCCAGCCCUCUCCUGGUGCUGGUCAACUCCAAAAGUGGGGACAACCAGGGGGUCAAGUUCCUCCGCAAGUUCAAGCAGCUUCUCAACCCAGCGCAAGUAUUUGACCUCAUGAACGGAGGACCAGAGCUCGGCCUGCGCCUUUUCCAAAAGUUUGUGACGUUUCGUAUCCUGGUGUGCGGAGGAGACGGCAGUGUAGGCUGGGUACUCUCGGAGCUGGAUAAACUCAACCUUCAUAAACAGUGUCAGCUGGGUGUGCUGCCUCUGGGCACAGGCAAUGACCUGGCGCGGGUUCUGGGUUGGGGAGGCCUCUGUGACGACGAUGCUCAGCUGCUGCAGAUUCUGGAGAAGCUGGAGAGAGCCACCACCAAAAUGUUGGACCGAUGGAGCGUGAUGACAUACGAGGUGCCCACCACUAAUAAGCACACCCCGAUAGUGAAGGAAGAUGACGGCCUUGAUUCUCUUCCACAGGUCCACAUCACUCAGUAUGCAGACUCUGUGGCUUCCCACCUAGCCAAGAUCCUGGACUCGGACAAACACAGUGAUGUCAUUUCCUCUGCCAAGUUUCUGUGUGGAACGGUAAAUGAUUUUGUGGCGGAGGUGGGGAAGGCGUAUGAGAGAGCCACAGAAAACAAGGAGGAGGCGGAUGCUAUGGCAAAGAAGUGUGCAUUGCUGAAUGAGAAGCUCGAUUCACUUGUCAAGGCCCUAAGUGAGGAAGAAGAGGCCCAGGUGGUUCCAGCAGGUUCAGUGCCCAGCCAGGAGAGCAGAGGCUCGAGCCCCAGUGUAAGUGGUAUUGAGUCGGGUUCAGAAGGCAAAACGUACCGGUCCAAGGAGCAGUUGAUGCUCAGGGCCAACAGUCUGAAGAAGGCCCUGAGGCAGAUCAUUGAGCAAGCUGAGAAAGUGGUGGACGAGCAGAACCGACACACACAGGUCCAGAGGAUGUCAUCCUCAUCCUCCAUUAAAAGGGAAAACAGCGAGGAGCUGAAGGAAGGCGAGCCACGUCUUGGAAGCUUAAGUCCCGCCUCCCCCAUCAUCCUGGAGAAGCCAGAGAGCAUCCACACAGUCACCUUCAGUGAAGACUCUGUACAAUGUUCAGAAAAGUGUGUGAUGAACAACUACUUUGGCAUCGGCCUGGACGCCAAGAUCUCUCUGGAAUUCAACAACAAGAGAGAUGAGCACCCCAAAAAAUGCAGUAGUCGCACCAAAAACAUGAUGUGGUACGGAGUGCUGGGGACGAAAGAGCUGGUCCAGAAGACAUACAAGAACCUGGAGCAGAGAGUUCAGCUUGAGUGUGAUGGUGUUCCCAUGUCUCUGCCGAGUCUGCAGGGCUUGGCUGUGCUCAACAUCCCCAGCUAUGCAGGCGGUAUCAACUUCUGGGGAGGCACCAAGGAGGACAAUAACUUUGGUGCUCCAUCAUUUGACGAUAAGAAGUUGGAGGUGGUGGCGGUGUUUGGCAGCAUGCAGAUGGCCAUGUCCAGAGUCAUCAACCUGCAGCACCACCGCAUUGCACAGUGUCGACAGGUAAAGAUUACCAUCCUGGGGGAGGAGGGGGUUCCUGUGCAGGUGGAUGGAGAGGCCUGGAUCCAGCCGCCCGGCAUUGUCCAGAUCGUCCACAAGAACCGGGCACAAAUGCUCACCAGAGACAGGGCGUUUGAGAGCACGCUAAAGUCGUGGGAGGACAAGAGGAAGAUCGACAGCUACCGUGCCACCAGGCCCCGCCUUAACUCCCAGCAGUCCAUGGAGUACCUGACUGAGGAGGAGUGCGCUCAGGUUCAACAGCUGGGCAUCGUGGCUGACACACUCAUCAACAAGAUUCGUGAGACAGCCAAGACCCACAAACUGGUGGAGCAGGAACUGGCUCACGCCGUUAACGCUACUGCCCUGGUGCUCACUGAGGCCAAACUGUCCAGCCCUGAGUGUUUGAGUCGAAGCACAGCAGUAGAGAUCGUCAACAGCAGUAAAGUUCUCCAGGCUGAGACCAGGACCUUGCUCGAUGGAAAACUACUGUCGGAGUCUCUGGAGGAAGAGGAGCUUCAGUCCACUCUGAACAGCCUCAGCACCGAGCUCCACAAGUUGGACGAUAUCUACUGGAUCUGUCCACUCAUGCAGUGCUCUGAGGAGGACUCCGUGAGGGGCAGCAGUAAGAGCAGCAGCAGUAUGAAGCUCAAGAUCAUACCCAAAGUGAAGAAGGAGCGAGAGAAGCUCCACAAGCAAAAGUCCAACAGUUCUCUCUCAGGAACCUGGGAUAUCAAAAGUGGGCCCGGUGAGGCAGAUACCUCAGGCAAUUGAGGUCCUGCAUGCUUUGUCAUUGCCUCUAUUACCUUGAAAACCAGGGGUGACCAGCCCCAAGCCCCCCACCCCGCCCACCCCGGUUCUCCUCCCCUCUAACUGUGACGCCCGCUGGUUGGCAUAGGUGUGAGGAAGGAAAGGAAAACCAUCUUCCCAACUUUUAUGCUGUUUGCUCCCUGUUUUACUACGUUGUCCUCCUUUUUGGAAAAGGGGAGAUUUUUUUUUUCUCCUUUUUUUUUUUUAAAUGAGUUUUUGCGUGUUGCAUUGCUUCACCAUCAGCGUUCUGCUAGUGGUUCCGUUUAUUUGCUUUAGUUAGGAAGUGGUCACAGCCAGCAGCAAAUCAAACUGAGGACACAGUGUGACAAGGCGUGCCACGACAACGUUCUUGUAAAUGAUUUUUUGACUACAGAAAUGUGUUUUUGUGGUGCUCUUUGCAUGUUGUGUGCAGCCAUUUUAUUUUGUCUAAGUUGUUACAGCCUUUUAAUUUUUUCUCUCUACUUUUAAUAAUGGUUUUAUUUCCGAACUUACCGUAAGAAUAGCCAUUAGACUGAUUUUUUGUUUUGUUUUCUUGAGCCUUUUUAAGAGUAUUUAUUUCUUGUUGCUACUGCCAUGAGAACUCUGACAGCAACAAAAUGAACAAACUGAAACAUCUCAACCAUGUCAUCUUCUGAACUGGAGAAAACUUAAAUGUUGCAAAAAAUAUACUGAGGAAUGUAUUUGUGUGGACUUAACCUGUGAAUAACUAAUAAUUUUAAUGAUAAAUCAUAGAGGAUUUCACAAAGGUUCUACUGCUGGUUCUUAAUAGGCUGUGUUAUGACUUCUGUGGCCCGAGCCUAUGCAUAUUGCUGGAGAAGUGAUAUUCUUUAGUCAUUUCAUCAGGAUUUCAGCCUUUUGGACAGAUCUGACUGUGGGAUUUACUCAGUUAUUAUCCAGGUUUAAAAUGUGCGAGUAAAAAAAAAAAAAAACUGAAAUCCCACUGUGCAUUUUCUUUUCUUUUUUUUUAAAGAACCAUUUUGAGGUUAAGCACCAGAUGAAAUGACUCAAGAAGUGUGAUAUUUUUGGCAGUCUGUGAUGAGGGUGUUUACAGGAGGAGGAAGCAUCAAAGCCACAUUAACAGAACAUUAAAGUGAAUUAGUAUUUUUGCCAUACUCAUGAUUAUAUAUGUAAUUUAAGAGUCAGUGAAUAUUUAAUUUGCUUUGUCUGUGGUUAGAAGCUAUUAUUGGUACAAAUAUAUUUUUUGUACAUCUUAUUUUCUCAAUGGUAAUCUGUGAAGCUGUCCUGGCUUUGCUGCUUCCCCCUUUGACAAACUCCUUGGCCACUGUGCUUAUAAUUGAAGCCGGUUAAUGCUUUUGUGUGUCCCUGCAUGCGUACUUAGCCUUCCUCCACCUCACAGUAGAGGCUGAAGUUGCCUCAUAAUGGUAAAUUUUAGGCUGUUUGGUCCAACCAGUGGCAUUUGUGUGUGCGUUUUUUUUUUCCUUUUUUUUUUUUUUUUUUUACUCGUUUGCUGCUCCAGAUUGUUGGAGUUUUACUGCAAGAGAACACUUCAGAAACAUGUUUAGCAAAAAUGCAUUUCAAUGUCAGAUUUGUCACCAAGCAGAUUAACAACAAAUAUCUUUUCAUUUGACCCAUCUACAACCAAAACAAGUUUGUGGAAAAGGACCUAGAUGCAUGUGCCGCUGUUUGGAAAUAGCUAAAAUAUUGACCUUUGCAGGUUCUAGAGGCAACUUCUGCCCAGGUUUUGCAGAAAUGAUCCUUAAAGUAAUGCAGCAACAGCUUGGGAAAUUUGAUUAUUUGAUGUGAUCCUGCAAGAUUGUAUCUCAUCAGCUAGCAUUAAAUGAAGUGAGCCCCUUUGCGAUGAGGUCAGGAUUUGUAAGACUGAAUGCAGUCAAAGAGAAGGUUCUGGUGUGUAAUGUGUUAAUACAGUAAACAAUUUAGUUGCUGGGAGUUGAUGGAGCUGCUUGGUUGAAAAACAAUUCUUAAAUAGUCUCUAAUUUUAAAAGUUUUGCUUUAUUAUAUAAAGAAAUAGUCAAGACUGUGAAGGUAAAACCACAGUAUUUUUUUUUUUUAUGAAAUACAAUUUAGCUAAAGUUGUUUUGUCGUGAUGCAACUCUACAAAAGGGACCAAAAGU